UUUUUUUAUUCACUUAUGCCUUUAAACAUAAAAGUUGAAAUUUUGACCAAAUUGCCGACUCAAAGGAAAUUUUUGUAAGCUACUCCAAAUUCACAUUCAUUGAUUCCUAUGCUUCAUAAAAUAUUAAAAAGUUGUAAUUCUACUAUAUUUCCUAAUAUAACAGCUUGAUUUUCCAAUAUUUAGCUAUUUAAAAAUGUCGGGAUGACAUUUUCUACUUUUCUAAGAGUGUGUUUGAUGUUUGUAGGUACAUUAUUUCUAGUGCUUUAAAGCUGUGAAGUUUGUGCUGUGGUCGGUAUGUUAUUCACAUUGGGCAAUAUCCUAAUAUUUUUCAUGGGUGUAUAAGGAACAGUUUCUGCUGGCUUGAUGAUAUAAACUGAGACGACAGCAAUAUCACAGGAAACCUUUGUAAUAUUUGCUGAAUUGCUUUGUUUUGUAAUUCGUUUCCGUUGCACUGUGUCUCAAUACUCAUUGGAACCUUCUGCUCUUGCAUCAGUCCAUUACUUUAAUUAGAAUGUACCACGUACAGAACAUUAUUCGUCUGCUUUCAAACGUCACUUUUCUGUUCCUGCUGUAGGCCAUCUAGUUUCAUAGUUUCCAACGUUAUAUUAAAAUCCAACACAUCUUGACAAUAAUUCUUGCAAUCCCUAUUUUGGUCUUGAUUAGAAAUUGAUAUACACCUUUUCCUACUAUUAUACCCUUUGUCUAAUUGUCUUAAAUAUGGAAGUUUCUUAUUUUCAGUGGCCCAUAGAUGGACUACGCGCGAGGAGAACACUCUAAUCUCUCUUGUGGCUACAAACACAGGGCUAUGGAAAAUAGCAGAAGAGAUAAAGUUAAGUUCUCAGCAAAAGAGAGUUUUAUGGAGUAAGAUCGCUGAUGAAAUAGGAGUAAAAAAGGAUCAAGCUCGCUACAAAUGGCAAAAUCUUAAAACCCAGUAUUUCAAAGAAAGGGAUUCCUUCAGACACUUUGUUGCGAUGUCCAUUUUAGACAAGUAGGAUAAUUGGGCCGAUGAUGAAUUUGACGAAUCACCUGAUACCAGUCAAGAUGAUUCAAAUACUCAACGUGAAAAGCCAGAAACAUGGUCGGUGUGCAGAAUUCUGAAUGGAAAGCAAAGUGGGAAUUCCUGCUGAGCAUUUUACCAUACAUGGAUGAAAUAGAAGACGAUGACCAUAAAAUGAAUUUUAAGCUCCAAGAUUUCGCUAUGCUUUUUAAUUUUAAAACUAACAACAAUGUAGCACGACUAUUUCAAGAACAGCAACAAAGCAAUGCUGUAAAAAUCGAAAAAGUAGAAGUUCAGCAAAAUAAACCAGCACUAUCAUCGCACAGACAUCAGCCAAUCGGUGCUGCAAAAGUUGAAUCUGUACAAGUUGUAGAAGUGAAAGAUGAGGAGGAAAUCGUGAAAGAUAGUGAACAUUCAAUUUUUUGUACGCUCGUUAUUCAUUAAAUAUGUCUAAUAUACAAUUUUAACAUUUUUUUUUCUUUCAGAUGUUAUAACUCUUAGUGACGGCGAAGAUAGCCCAACUGACAACACGGAUAGCAAACCCCCCGUAGAUCUAAGAGUUUUGCUCACGAAUCCGUUUGUUUUGAAAAAGGAACCUCUAUUCGAAAACUGAUUAGCAUGAUAAUUUAUAGGAUCCGUUCGUGCAUCAUUGGCAGCUGCAUUGCAGCGCGCGCGUGAAAAUCUCUCUGUCACUCUAAAAUUACUUAUUUACUCUUAUUUUUGUUUGUUUCCUUCUUAAUUAACUUAACAAACUACGUAUUUUUAUCGCUAAAGUAUAAUAGAAUGUACCUAAUUUGUAAAAGCUUUCAUCUUGUUUACGUGAUGAGAUAAACGAUGAGGCUACAAAUGAUUAAUCUGUGUUACAAAGAAAAGAUAUGACGUAUCUCAAUGCAAGAUCCGCUUGAUUUUUUUUAUUUCCGUUUUACUUUUUGUGUUACCAGGCGCUUCGGAUCAGGGUUCAGAAAGCUAAAUUAAACUUAUAUAGAACAUACUUUUAUUGCUACGCUGUAUUUCUUACAUUAGUAAUGAUACAUUUAGGGAUUACAUUCAGGAAAAAGACAAGUAACGUAAAUACGUUAAUUUUUUCGUUAAAAAUUAUAAUGAAGAGUUAAAAAGUUUUAUCGAACACGUGCAUUGUCACUUUCGCUUCGAUUUCUUCAUUAUUUUGCAUAAAAAAAGAAUAUAUAUUAUAAUUUACAGUCGAAGUAGUGAAAUUGGUAAACAGAGAAGAAACACAGUAUAAAAUUUUAUUUAUAGUCUCUCGAACUAAUGUUAGAGACUUGUGGAUCUCGAAGGACGAGUUGGCAAUAAACAAAAACACUCUCAACCGUUAAUUUGAAUUAAUAUGCCGUAAGAAAAGAGCUUUGAUAUUUAUUGAAAGAUAGAGUGUAUUUACAAGUGUUUAAACUAUGGAAAAGAAAUGAAGGCUACAGUAUUAAAGUACUGACGCGUUAACAAACGAUAUUGUUUAACGAUCGACACUGUGAGGCGAGUCCUCACAGCGCUUCGGCAAUACGUACUGAAUAACACAAAUCAGCGAAAGCGGCAGAAGACCGCUCGCGAAACAGGCGGAGAGAGAAAGAGUAGGAGCGAG